UGGGCUCCCGUAGCCUGGGUCCUUCCUCCUCUGAAGAGGCACAGCUAGGGCCAGACCCUCUUCUCUGGUUUCCCAUUGGAGAGAAUUCCAGAACCUGAGAGCACAAUCCUGAGAGUGAUCUCACUCAGGCCCAGGAUUCUGGAACUUGGGCUGCCUGAUGGACCCUACAUGAAAGAUGUAGUAGGGAAAAGGAGCGACAGCUGGCUGAAGGGGCCCCCCACAACCCUCCCCGACACCCUCGGAGAACAGCCUCCCUCGGCUGGUCCCAGGGUGCCAUGGAGAUGGAGAACAAGGCGGCCUCCACACGUUUCCACCAACCUCACAUGGAGAGGAAGAUGAGUGCGAUGACCUGUGAGAUCUUCAACGAGCUUAGGCUAGAGGGCAAGCUCUGCGACGUGGUCAUCAAGGUCAAUGGCUUUGAGUUCAAUGCCCACAAGAACAUCCUCUGUAGCUGCAGUUCCUACUUUAGAGCUUUGUUUACAAGUGGCUGGAACAACACUGAAAAGAAGGUAUACAACAUUCCUGGCAUCUCCCCCGACAUGAUGAAACUAAUUAUUGAAUACGCGUAUACCAGGACCGUCCCUAUCACACCUGACAACGUGGAGAAGCUGCUGGCUGCUGCGGACCAAUUUAACAUCAUGGGUAUCGUGAGGGGUUGCUGUGAGUUCCUCAAGUCAGAGCUGUGCCUGGAUAACUGUAUCGGCAUCUGCAAGUUCACAGACUACUACUACUGCCCGGAACUCAGGCAGAAGGCCUACAUGUUCAUACUGCACAACUUCGAGGAGAUGGUGAAAGUCUCGGCCGAGUUUUUGGAGCUCUCAGUCACUGAACUGAAGGAUAUCAUUGAGAAAGAUGAGCUAAACGUCAAGCAAGAAGACGCUGUGUUUGAGGCCAUUUUAAAAUGGAUCGCUCAUGACUCCCAAAAUAGGAAGCAGCAUAUUUCAGUUUUGCUCCCCAAGGUUCGCCUGGCCCUAAUGCAUGCUGAGUACUUCAUGAACAAUGUUAAGAUGAAUGACUAUGUCAAAGACAGUGAGGAAUGCAAGCCAGUCAUCAUUAAUGCCCUAAAGGCCAUGUAUGACCUAAACAUGAAUGGACCCUCUAAUUCUGACUUCACCAACCCACUCACCAGGCCCCGCCUACCCUAUGCCAUCCUAUUUGCAAUUGGUGGCUGGAGUGGUGGGAGCCCCACCAAUGCCAUUGAGGCAUAUGAUGCUCGGGCAGACAGAUGGGUGAAUGUCACUUGUGAAGAAGAAAGUCCCCGUGCCUACCACGGGGCAGCCUAUUUGAAAGGCUACGUUUAUAUCAUUGGGGGGUUCGAUAGUGUAGACUAUUUCAAUAGUGUUAAACGUUUUGACCCAGUCAAGAAAACUUGGCACCAGGUAGCCCCGAUGCACUCCAGACGUUGCUAUGUCAGCGUGACAGUCCUCAGCAAUUUCAUCUAUGCCAUGGGAGGAUUUGAUGGCUACGUGCGUCUCAACACUGCUGAACGCUACGAGCCAGAGACCAAUCAGUGGACACUCAUUGCCCCCAUGCAUGAACAGAGGAGUGACGCGAGUGCCACAACACUCUACGGAAAGGUCUACAUAUGUGGUGGGUUCAAUGGAAAUGAAUGCCUGUUUACAGCAGAAGUGUACAACACUGAGAGUAAUCAGUGGACAGUCAUAGCCCCCAUGAGAAGCAGGAGAAGUGGAAUAGGCGUAAUUGCUUAUGGAGAACACGUGUAUGCGGUAGGCGGCUUUGAUGGAGCUAAUCGACUUAGGAGUGCAGAAGCCUACAGCCCAGUGGCUAACACUUGGCGCACGAUCCCCACUAUGUUUAAUCCUCGUAGCAAUUUCGGCAUCGAGGUGGUAGACGACCUCUUGUUUGUGGUGGGUGGCUUUAAUGGCUUUACCACCACCUUUAAUGUUGAGUGCUAUGAUGAAAAGACCGACGAGUGGUAUGAUGCCCAUGACAUGAGUAUAUAUCGCAGUGCUCUGAGCUGCUGUGUGGUACCAGGGCUGGCCAAUGUUGGGGAAUAUGCAGCUAGAAGGGACAACUUCACAGGAUUAGCACUGCGAGAUGAAGUAAAGUACUCCGCUUCAACAAGUACCUUACCUGUAUGAGCCUCUUCAUUUAGCUAAUAAAAAGUCUAAGCAAUAAGAAUUAAUUCUUUUUUAAAAUAAAUGCAGUGUUUAAACUUGUAAGAGUACUGGAAAAUGUUCACCAUAAGGGAGCCAAGGGUUGGACGAAUGAGGGAGUAAAAGGGUUCAAGGAAGAAAGCAAUUAUAUUCAACAGUACAUACUUAAAAGGAAAAACUACACAAUGCAAACCAGCUCUAAUGAAAUACGUUUAUUUAAAGCUUAUAUUGAGACCAUUAGUAGCUUUAACACAGGACAAGAUAGCUUCAGGAACAUAAAACAAGCUAUUAUACAAGGUAAUGUCUCAAAGUGUCUUACGUUCCACAUCUCCUCUGACGUAAGGAGACAGUCAAAAUUACACGUUCAGUUGAGUAGGGGCUUGGAUACUACUGGUCCCCAAAACUCACUGUACAUCGCUUGAACUAAGUACUGAUGUUACAAAUAACUCAAUGAGCCCUAAGUACAGGGAUCCUAAGAUCUUCAAACAUCUAGCAAGCACUACUUUUCAUGAGUGCAUAAGGCAGGAGGAUUAAGUUAAUAAGUGCUCUAUUGUAUGUGCUUCAUUGUUGCAGAAAUGGUCAUAUAGAGCAAGACAAAAGCCCCACAAAGGUAAGCAAUAAAUAGCAGUUAUUUGGCUAUCUAAAUUCUUUGAAGCAAAAUGACUACUAUAUUAUGUUGUUAUUGUAUUACAUCACUCAACUAUGAGCUCUUUUGUUUCCAAUGACCAGAACAUUAACAAAAACAAAAAUGGACUACUCUCAAGAGAUUAACAAACUGGAGUGAUGAACUGUGCCAAAAUGUUUGACAGUUAAAAAGGAGACUGAAUUGUUUCUCAAAUAUUCUACAGUUAAAGAGCAACCUAUAGGCACCCUAGUUUUCUAGUGUAGGCAGAUGAACAUGCUUCACAAUUCUCUAUGUUUUCAAAAGACAUGAAAUGUGACCAAUACACCCUUUUUAUUUAAGCUUAAUUUGAGGAAAGUACACAAAAAAAAUCCCUUUGGUUAUGCCUGAUUAGGCCAAGUAACUAAAAUACACAAUUUAGCUUACCUGUCUACCAAUAUAUAGUAUUCAUAUUAGAAUUAUGAAGCAGAGAAUAUUUUAAUACACCACAUGCUACACUAGUCAAGAAACAUGAAGAAAAAACAUGUGCACUAGAAACUGCGUUAUCAUCAGCCUGAAGAAUUUAAAAUACAGAAGCACACAAAUCUUCCAUAAACACUGUCUUUCCAGUUCCAAGAGUCUGUUCUAUAUUUAAAAAGUUAGUAUUUAAAAUUUUUUGGUCCCAGAAAUACUACACAAAACCAGCUGAUCAAAACAAAACUGAUGUCAAUGAAUGUUUAGAUUUUUUUAGCACAAUAUUUUUUAAUUGGCACAGCAAAAGCCAAGAUACCAAGAUACACAAGACUAAUCAUGCAAAUAACUGCAAGUGAGACACUUAAACACUAAGCUCAUGACUGACAUUCUUAAUAUAUACCACUGAUUUUUUUUUUUUUUUAAACCAUGGCGGGGUAGGUAUAGUUAAGAUAUCCAUUCUGAGAUAGAAGUAGAUUCACUCAAAGUUAUGUAUAGUUGUUACUUUUUGUAUAAUCAAUUCCUCUUUUACUUCCACAAAUACCAAAAGCAACAAAACAAGAUUUGCUUAAAUACACAUUAAUUGCCUUUUUUAAAGCUGUAUUUUUAUGUUUAAAUUACCAAACACAAUCUUUAAGUUUUCAUCAAAAAGGACAUUUCCCCCCCCAAAAAGGCAUUUUAGGUUCUUCAUACUCGGAACCUUUCCAAAAACGCUGGGAAGUUAUUUCCAGUUUGGAAUUUCAGAAUGUCAGCCUGGAACAGAUUUAAGCAAAUCUGGUUUCUUUCCUGAUUAACAAGUUAGUUAGGCUAUUUCAGAAACACAAGUUAUUGAUGUGAAAUCACACAUGUGAAUUCAAAUACGAAAAUUAGCAAUUCAGUAGUCAGGAAAACCUGCACACAUCAUCAUGCAAGGAAGGACUUACCCCUUCUUUCCACCCGUGGCCUAGGCUGCCUGCUAAGUUAAAAAACAACAAUUUCAAUCAAGUUUUCAAAACCAGAUUAUACCUAGAUCUUUGAGUUAUAAGGUCUGCCAUAUCAUGUGAAAAAGAGACAACCUUCCAAAUAAAUUGGUCUCUCAGAAAAGUCUGAGACAAAAACCCCACACAACCCGCUGGCCCCCAAUCCUGCAUCACACCCUUCUAGAGAGAAGCUGGCAUCCUGGUGAGCUACUGCUUUACACAGCCAGGAAAAGGAAGGCUAGCACAGCCUAUCAGAGAAGUGAGAACUUCGUGCAUUGAGCUUUUCUGCCUUACUUGCAUAGAUCUCUCACAACUAAGUAUCAGCAUUUCUCAGAAUCCAAUGGCUUUUAUUAAACUAACCACAAAUACAUAGAAAUUGAGAAAAUGGUUGGGGUGGGAUAAUAUAUCCUCAUAGAGAAAUAUGACUUGCAGUUCCGAUCCCCACCCCCGUCUAAAUGAAAUGGUUUUAAAGCAGAUUUCCAACAUGUUUAUUGAAAAACCAUCCUAGGUAGUGAUAUCAAUUUAGAAAUUUCAAGAAAAUUCUUAGUAGAGAGUCCAAGGGCUAAACAUGAGUAGUCUUGCAGCUGAAAGCUAAAAUUUCUGGUUGUACUUUUUUUAGUGUUUGAUACAACUAAUAAGGAGGUUAACUAUAAUGCAGUAGAGAAAAAAAAAUCAAUGCACUUAGAAUUCUACUUCUAGGACAGUGUUUGGGAAUGCCUACGAUAGUAGAAAACAAGAAUAUACUGGACCCACAUUGCAAACAGUAAGAGUAGGAGUUACUGAGUGCUAAAAUAGUCAAACCAAGUGCUAAAUUGUAUAAAGCUUUUGAAUGUGUUAAGAGAAUCAGAAGAAUGAAUAAAAAUAAAUUAAAAAUAACUACAGUGAUAAAUUUUGAAGAGCCAGAAUUAUGCCCUUAAAUUUGGUAUUCCAGGCUCAGGCAAAGUUCCAAUUAAAGUUCAUGGCAACUGGGGAGCAUUUGAGGUCCUGCUCCCAGCAUAUGUGGUCAGUUUGGCUCAAAUAAAGUCUUCUU